AUGGACCCUUUCGAAGUCCGUCUGCGAUUUACACAGCAUCUACAACAUCUAAAUGCGUCUGUUACAAGUGCGAAUAAGGCGGCGCAAUAUGCCUUGAAAUAUAGGGAUAUGGAUGAGGAUUUACACAGUUGUAUAUUAGAACAAUUGGAACGGCAAAAUUCUAUGAACAAUCGCGCAAAUAUCAUGUAUUUCAUCGAACACCUCUGCGACAUGGCCGCCCGCGAAAACCACCACGACUACGUCCGAAUGAUGCAGCGAGAUAUCCUGCGAGUCGUAGACGCAGUCGCACCUGAAGACGGAAGUGGUGCUGCGAACGUGAAAGUCGUACGCAAAGUCCUUCAAGGCCUGGAAAAGAAAUCAUUUCUUCUUGCUCAGACGGUCACGGAGAUUGAAGAAUGUCUCAAAGAGAGAGACAGCGCUACGGAAGAUGUGACGAUGUUCGACGCCUCUCCUGUCACUGCCUGGCCAGCUGGCUCUGCGAAAUAUGAGGCGAGUUCUAGGUCAAAUGGCACGCCGCAUUCGAAGGUGGAUCGCAAGCAGAUCGAGCAGCGGAUCGAGGAGGAUCGGGAACGGCAUAAGCGGUUAAGGGAGAAUAUCUGGGCUGUUCCUAAUACGGGGGUAGAAGAUGAAGAGUUUGCGAAGAUGUGGGAGGAGACGAGCGAUGUUGGGGAGGAUGAUUUUAUUUUGUAUGCUGAGGAGGCCGCGGAACGACGAGAGGCGGCUAGGGAAUGGAAGGAGGAGUUUAUGGGGAGGGUUGCGGCUGUGGAAGGUUAG